AUGAACCUGGACAGGAAACAGAAUGAGGGAAAUCCGGAAGAGAACGAUAUGGAUCAAAGAAGCAGUGAAGCCACUGCUUAUCGUUGGAAUGGUGACUGCCAAGAAACAAUAUACAAAGGAAAGGGAAGGAUUCAGUGCUCGGUCUGUGAGAAGAGCUUUGCUAGUAUAUCGACCCUUAAAGUGCAUUGGAAAACCCACACAGGGGAAAAACCAUAUGACUGCCUGCAGUGCGGGAAGAGAUUUAGCCAUCCUUCAACUCUUACUGUACAUCAAAGAACUCACACAGGAGAGAAACGAUAUAAAUGUCUGGAAUGCGGAAAGAGCUUUAUGCUCAGCACAAACCUCAUUUUGCAUCAAAGAAUCCACACCGGAGAGAAACCCUAUCAGUGUUUGGAAUGCGGAAAGAGCUUCAGCCUGAAGAAAAGCCUUACUCUUCAUCAAAGAAUCCACACAGGAGAAAAACCAUACAAAUGCCUGGAAUGCGGAAAGAGUUUCAGCCAGAAGUCAAGUCUCAAUAUCCACCAAGGAACGCACACCGGAGAGAAACGGUACAAAUGUUUUGAAUGCGGAAAGAAAUUCAUCCAGAGCACAACUCUCAUCUUGCAUCAAAGAAUCCACACAGGAGAAAGACCCUAUAAAUGUCUGGAAUGCGGAAAAAGCUUUAUUGUGAAAUCAAGCCUGACUCUUCAUCAAAGAAUUCACAUGGGAAUAAAACCAUUUAAAUGUCUGGAGUGUGGAAAGACCUUUAAUGAAAGCACGCGUCUUCUUCGACAUCAAAGAAUUCAUAUAAGAGAACAAUCGUUUCAGAUCCUCGAGUCUGGAAAGGGUUGCAGGCGGAGUGCAAAUCUCACCACACAUCCAAGAACCCACUCAGGCGAAAAACGGUAUAAAUGUUUGGACUGUGGAAAAAGCUUUAUGCUCAGUACAACCCUCAUUAUACAUCAAAGAAUCCACACAGGCGAAAAACCAUACACAUGUUCAGAGUGCGGGAAAAGCUUUAUGCGGAGCACAACCCUCAUUGUACAUAAAAGGACCCACACUGGAGAAAAACCAUAUAUUUGCUCAGAAUGUGGAAAGAGUUUUAUGCAAAGUGCAAAUCUCAUAAUACAUCAAAGAACCCACACAGGCGAGAAACCAUACAAAUGCUUGGAGUGCGGAAGGAGCUUCAUUCAGAAUUCAAGCCUUACUGCCCACCAAAGAAGCCACACUGGGGAAAAGCUAUACCACUGUUCAGAAUGUGGAAAGAAAUUCACACGGAAUGCGAACCUCAUGAUACAUCAAAUACUGCACACGGGGGAGAAACCAUACAAAUGCUUGGAAUGUGGGAGGAGCUUUACUCUGAACAAAAGACUUAUUAACCAUCAAAGAAUCCACACCGACAUGAAGCCAUUUAAAUGCAUGGAUUGCGGGAAAAGCUUCAGUCACAGCAUAACUCUUAAGAGACAUAAAAAUAUUCAGACAGGUGAAUGUAAAAAGGGAUCCAGUCAGAUUCAAAAGAAUCCAAGAUCCCAAACAAAAAAGAAACCAUAUCAAUGCCUGGAGUGUAAGAGUUGCUUCAGUCACAACUCAAACCUUCUUAGACACCAGCUAAUCCACACAGGGGAGAAGCCCUUUAAAUGUCAGGAAUGCGGCUAUGGCUUCAGCCAGCACUCAAACCUUAUGAGACAUAUGCUUAUUCACUCAAGGGGAAAACAAUAGCAAUGCUUAGAUUGCAAGGAAAGCUCUUGUCCGUGAACUCAGCAAGAACAAAGCAUCCAUUUGGGUGGAUUGUCUGAAGAAAUUGGCAU